AUUCCCAGCGCGAGUCGUGCCAAGUUAUGUCAGGUCUCGAUCCGACCGGUCUUUACUAAAAGAGCGACAAAAUUCGUGUUUUCCAAUUCAAUAUUCGAAAAGAAAAAAUUAAAAAUCGACGACAAUGGACGGCGGCAAAUUGGACCCCACCGGACAGUACUAGAAGUGUUGGUGGUUAGUGGUGCUCUAAAACUCCGGUAACAACCAUGAAGCUGAACGGCGGCAAGAGUCUGGACCCAACCGGACUUUACUGAUGUGGCACCGGAACAGAGGCGAUGGCGGGCGUCCGGAAACGUCGAGCGGUCGACGCCGGAGACUCCGAUAAAAUCGCCUCUUUGAUAAAACAACACACUGCCACAUAAGUUACCACCUAUUCAUUCAUCUGGAUGUAUCAAGACUGAUGUUUGUUGAUUUUAUUAAUUAUUAAGAUAUUUUGUUUUUUUAUUAAAUUAUAUUAGGUUAAGUUCCUUAAGAAUGACACUCAGUUUUUCUUAAUUUGUUGUAUAUAAUUUUUUAAAAAACAUUUCUCAACUUGUAUAUUUUAAGCUUUGCUUUUUUAUAUUCUUGGAAAUGAAUAAAAUAUUUUUUAUUUAAACGUA